AGAAGGACUACAGGGAUUAGGGAAGCAUUUAUAUUUAUUUAUGAAUGAAAAUGAAAUGAGAACAGUAAAGCCGUUGGAAAAUUAAUCAAUCAUAGAGUUAGGUUUUGGUUUGGUUUGGCAGAAGAAAGUAUAACGAUGAUGGCGAGUGAGUCGCAAAACUGGGUGUUCAUGGUCACUGCACAGACACCAACCAACAUUGCCGUUAUCAAGUAUUGGGGGAAAAGAGACGAAACCCUCAUCUUACCGAUUAACGACAGUAUCAGUGUCACUCUCGAUCCCAGCCACCUCUGCACCACUACCACUGCUGCCGUCAGUCCCGCUUUCCACCAAGAUCGCAUGUGGCUCAAUGGAAAGGAGAUUUCUCUUUCUGGGGGCAGGUUCCAGAGCUGUUUAAGGGAGAUCCGUGCUCGUGCUUGUGAUGUUGAGGAUGAAACAAAGGGUAUAAAGAUCACAAAGGAGGAUUGGGGCAAAUUGCAUGUACACAUUGCUUCGUACAACAACUUCCCUACUGCAGCAGGACUGGCUUCAUCAGCUGCCGGUUUUGCAUGCCUUGCUUAUGCCCUUGGGAAGCUAAUGAAUGUCAAAGAAGAUGAAAGCCAACUAUCUGCUAUCGCAAGGCAAGGAUCAGGUAGUGCUUGCCGCAGCUUAUUUGGGGGAUUUGUCAAGUGGAUAAUGGGAAAAGAGGAUAAUGGCAGUGAUAGUCUUGCAGUUCAACUUACUGAUGAAAAGCACUGGGAUGAUCUUGUUAUUGUUAUUGCCGUGGUUAGUUCACGGCAGAAGGAAACAAGUAGCACCACUGGAAUGCGUGAGAGUGUUGAAACAAGUUUGCUUUUACAACACAGGGCAAAGGAAAUUGUGCCAAAGCGGAUAUUGCAAAUGGAAGAAGCCAUUAAAAAUCGUGAUUUUGCAUCUUUUUCGCAAUUGACCUGUGCUGAUAGCAACCAGUUUCAUGCAGUCUGCCUGGACACAUGCCCCCCUAUAUUUUACAUGAACGAUACAUCACACAGAAUAAUCAGCAUCGUUGAAAAGUGGAACCGUUCAGAAGAAGCUCCCCAGGUAGCUUAUACAUUUGAUGCGGGGCCAAAUGCUGUUCUAAUUGCACGCAACAGGAAUGCUGCUACCUCUUUGAUUCAGAGGCUGCUUUACUACUUCCCUCCAAAUUCAGAUGACCUCAGCAGUUACAUUAUUGGGGACAAGUCAAUUGCAAAAGAUGCUGGGAUCAAUGGAAUACAGGAUGUAGAAGCUUUGCCGCCACCUCCAGAAAUUAAAGAUAAUAUUCCAUCACAAAAAUACAAGGGGGAUGUCAGUUACUUCAUAUGUACCAGACCUGGAAGGGGACCUGUUUUGCUUUCUGAUAGCAUUCAAGCACUUCUGAACGAUGAAACUGGGCUUCCCAAGUAAGUUCAUGGGAAACAUUCUGGUGGUUGAUCUAUUUUUCGUUGGGCUUCACUAGCUGGCUUUUUGAGCCCAAAAUAUUUUGACUAGAGGACCCUUUCAAGGAAGCCCAUGCUACUCGUGGCAUGAUGAUUCGUUACUCCUAGUUCGCAGUAUGUGUUUGUUUAGGUAUCUGUAAUUUUUGUUUCAGAUCUAGUUGGGCUAUUUUGUUGGAGAAAAAUAAGUCUCGCUCCUUUUUUUGAAUUGAGCAAAAUACCUUCAAUUCAUUUGAGCUUGCGAGUUAAACUUGUCAGUUUUUAUCUGAACAAUUCUCCCUACUUUGCUAUAUUUUGAUCAAGUGUUCCAUUUUAUUCCA